UGUGGUUGCGCCAAUUUCGAAGGCGACAGAGGCCAACAGUGACUCGGGCUAUGGUUUUCGAAAAUUUUUGACAUUAAAAUUUACCACCGUUAAAACACUUGUAAUGGCAGAUAAUCAGCAGAGUAGAUUUGAGAAAUCCCUGGGUUUGCUAACAACACGUUUCGUCAAUUUAUUACAAAAGGCCAAGGACGGAGUAUUGGACUUGAAAGUCGCUGCAGACAUUCUCGAGGUACGACAAAAACGACGGAUUUACGAUAUUACGAAUGUUCUCGAAGGGAUUGGGCUCAUUGAGAAGAAAAGCAAGAACUCGAUACAGUGGAAGGGAGCUGGGCCAGGCUGCAACUCCGACGAAACCGGCGAGAAACUUGGGGACCUCAAAGACGAGCUCCGGGAACUUGAGGAGCACGAGGCGACCCUGGACCUCCACCUGCAGUGGAUCCAACAGAGCAUAAAAAACAUUGAGAAUGACUUCAAGAACAGAAAAUUUGCCUAUAUCACAUACGAAGACGUCAAGGAGCAGUUCCCUGAGGACUUUGUUCUGGCGAUUCAGGCACCCUCAGACACCGUCCUCAAGGUUCCCAACUUGUCCAAGUGUAUUCAGAGUGACAAGCAGAACUUCGAGAUGUUCCUUAAGAGCACAGGCGGUGAGAUAAAGGUCUACACGGUGCAUCCCAGUCUUGCAGAGAACUACGACACUAAGAUGCUGGAGGCCAUGCUCGAGAAAGACUCUCAUGAUAUCAAGAGGGAGGUAAUCGAGGGGGAGAAGAGAGAGGAGAACAAGCCAAACAGGCGGCUGUCCAGAUCGUCCAGAACUAGUACAAAGAUGGAGACGUCUGAUGACGAGGAUCACGAAGAUGUGGAUGCACUGCAAGCCAAAAUAAUCCUCGGUGACGUCAACACCACCAAUCUCAUCAGACCAGAUGGUCAUCUGCUGGAGGACUUUUACGCGGACUUCUGUGGACCACUUGUCAGUCUCAGUCCUCCACCGACUGACAAGGAUUAUCACUUCAACCUCUCCGAGAACGAAGGAAUCUUCGACCUCUUCGAUAUAGCGGCGUAGUAAUCAAUCCCAUCCAGUUAAUUAAAAAAAUUCUAUUGAAUUUGCGAGGCGUACAAGAUGUGAAGUGCGUGCGGAUGUGUAUUUUUUUGAGCAUUGAAUUUCCGAAUUUUUUCACUAGAUAUUUUUAAAACUCGAUGAUGUCAACCGAAUCCCACCAACUGUUGUCUCGUGAACAAACGAAUUAUACUUGUUGACAGGUUUUUUAUCAUUUAUCCAAUGAUCUUGUGGAAAUGGAAGGACAAUUGAUAUUUUCGGGUUGUUUUGCAAGAGGCGAAACAAUCGAUAACAAUUGUAAGAAUUAAUCUCAUGUGCGGCUGAGAGUUAUUGUACCUAUAUUGUAUUUUAUCUGUUAUUCAAUAUAAGAACUAAAGAAUUGACUAUU